AUGGGUUGGCUCUGGAUUCAGAAAGCAGCUGCUGAUUAGAUUCUGUGUCUGCGGGCUGAAUUUAUUCCGUGUUUCCAGCAGGAAUUCAAGAGGGAUGCUUCUGUUUGGGUUUCUGAUCGUGAUUUAUAUUUAUUCAGAGGAAUAACAGAGGGUGGAUCUGUUCCCGGCGCGAGCAUGCUCACCACCAGCCGACUCUCCCAUUAUCCCCCUGCCUAGUUUGGUGCUCCAGUGUACAUGAGUAUUCCGUGUGCAUAUGUGUGUAUACAAACACGCAUGCACGCCUGGAUGGACAGACAUACGCACAGAUUAUUUCUUAAGAGCAAUUCCUUCAAUAAGGUCUUUACCCCUUACUUGAAACAGGUGUUUAUGAAAAAAAUGCACAAUAUCCCGACUGACCGGAAUAAUUGAAGAAGGGUGCUGGAUCCGUGGGUCAGAGAACACACAGGACCAGCUUGCUACCCCAAGGCUGAAGGCCUCCCUCUGACACAGCCUUGAAGCUUUCAGAAUCUCUGGCCUAGCUCCACCAUGACAUCACAGCCUGCUCCUUAUAGGAUCAGAGGCACAAACCAAGCUGCCUCGAAGUAGCUCAUGGACGACUCUGGAGAGCCGCUGGCCAGGCACGCUACCCCUUCCUCAGGGAGAAGCCGUGUGUAAGCAAAGGCUUUGCGCCCAGAGUGGACAUGAACGCUGGCUUCCAGAGAGAGCAGCGCUUCAGUUUCGGUCAUCGGAAGUGGUGCCUGCAGCACAGAAGACCGUGAUUUCUCCUCCGAGGCUGCUAUUCUCCAAUACAGAAUUCAAGGGCAGAAGAGAGCCGCCCCAGCAUCCAUUGUGGCAUCUCUCCGGCCCGGACUAGGGAUGACAGGCCCAUGGACAUGGAUGUCUCCGACCUUCAGCUGUUCAUAUAGCACACAGGGGACUCGUGGGGGCCACUUAUCACCCAAACCCACUCAAUGGCAAUACUGACAUCUUCCAGGCUGUUUUCAAGACAGGCGUUCAGGCAGAAAAAUGCCAGUAUGCUUUCUGUCUGCAGAGUAGCGGGCUAUGCCACACCAAUAUGAAUAGCGUGGGCCCUGGGACCUGCUCUGAGUCCACUUGCAGCCACUGACACUUGGGGGGAUUAAAAAAAAAGCCCAGCCCCAAAACCAUCGUGGGGUUGGCUUCCAUGGCUCUUGACCAAUGUGGCCAAAGCUAGACACCUCGGGACACUUGGAUUAUUCAUAAAUGCGACCUACCCCAAACUCCCUGAGUAGCAUCUGAAGUCUUGUGAAGGUCAUGGAUCCUGACCAAAGCAUCAAGGGCACCAAGAAGACUGAUGGAAGUCCCCGGAAGCGGCUGACCAAAGGAGAGGCCAUUCAGACGAGCGUUUCUUCCAGUGCUCCAUACCCAGGCAGCGGCACUACUGCUCCCUCAGAGAGUGCCACCCAGGAGCUCCUAGCCCCGCAGCCUUUCUCAGGCCCCUCUCAGGAGAAAACGGGCCAGCAGCAGAAGCCUGCCCGGAGGCCUUCCAUCGAGGCCUCGGUUCACAUCUCUCAGCUUCCGCAGCACCCUCUGACACCAGCAUUCAUGUCCCCGGGCAAGCCAGAGCAUCUCCUCGAGGGGUCCACGUGGCAGCUGGUUGACCCCAUGAGACCUGGACCCUCGGGCUCCUUUGUGGCCCCCGGGCUGCAUCCGCAGAGCCAGCUCCUCCCAUCCCAUGCUUCUAUCCUUCCUCCUGAGGAGCUGCCUGGCAUCCCUAAGGUCUUUGUGCCUCGUCCCUCACAGGUCUCCCUGAAACCUGCAGAAGAGGCACACAAGAAAGAGAGGAAACCGCAGAAGCCAGGCAAGUAUAUAUGUCAAUACUGCAGCCGACCCUGCGCCAAGCCCAGUGUGCUCCAGAAACACAUUCGCUCACACACAGGCGAGAGGCCCUACCCCUGCGGCCCCUGCGGCUUCUCCUUCAAGACCAAGAGUAACCUCUACAAACACAGGAAGUCUCAUGCCCACCGUAUCAAAGCUGGCCUGGCCUCGGGCUCCAGCAGCGAGAUGUACCCCCCUGGGCUGGAGAUGGAGAGGAUCCCCGGGGAAGAGUUUGAGGAGCCCACCGAGGGAGAAAGCACAGACUCAGAGGAGGAAACCGGUGCCGCAUCAGGUCCCUCCACAGAUGUUCUCCCCAAACCCAAGCACCCCCUGCUCUCAAGUAGUUUGUACAGCUCCGGGAGCCACGGUUCCAGCCAGGAACGCUGCUCCCUGUCCCAGUCAAGCACUGGCCCAUCACUAGAGGACCCCGUCCCAUUUGCAGAAGCCUCAUCGGAACAUCCCCUGAGCCAUAAACCGGAAGACACGCACACCAUCAAGCAGAAGCUGGCACUCCGCCUGAGCGAGAGGAAGAAGCUGAUCGAAGAGCAGACAUUCCUGAGCCCAGGGAGCAAAGGCAGCACAGAGUCCGGGUACUUCUCCCGCUCUGAGAGCGCGGAGCAGCAGGUCAGCCCCCCCAACACCAACGCAAAGUCCUACGCAGAGAUCAUCUUCGGCAAGUGUGGACGGAUUGGGCAGCGGACCUCCAUACUGGCAUCCACCUCUACCCAGCCCCUACUGCCUCUAUCCUCAGAAGACAAGCCCAGCUUGGUACCUUUGUCUGUGCCCAGGACACAAGUGAUCGAACAUAUCACCAAGCUCAUCACCAUCAAUGAAGCCGUGGUGGACACCAGUGAGAUCGACAGUGUGAAGCCCAGGAGGAGCUCUCUAACCAGGCGCAGCAGCGUGGAGUCCCCGAAGUCCAGCCUCUACCGGGACUCACUAUCGUCCCAUGGGGAGAAGACUAAGCAGGAGCAAUCACUGCUGAGCCUCCAGCACCCACCCAGCUCCACGCACCCUGUGCCUCUCCUGAGAAGCCACUCAAUGCCUUCUGCCGCCUGCACCAUCAGCACCCAUCACCACACCUUUCGUGGUAGCUACUCCUUUGACGACCACGUCGCUGACCCCGAGGUCCCCAGCCGCAACACUCCCGUGUUUACCUCCCACCCACGGAUGCUAAAGCGCCAGCCAGCCAUUGAAUUACCUUUGGGGGGUGAGUACAGUUCCGAGGAGCCUGGACCGAGCAGCAAGGACCCCACCUCCAAGCCCUCCGAUGAACCAGAACCCAAGGAAAGCGACCUUACCAAAAAGACCAAGAAGGGGUUCAAAACAAAAGGCGUGAACUAUGAAUGUACCAUCUGCGGUGCUCGGUACAAAAAGAGAGAUAAUUACGAAGCUCAUAAGAAAUACUACUGCUCUGAGCUCCAGAUCACAAAAGCCCACUCUGCAGGUGCUCAUGAAGUGGAAAAGACUCAGGCUGAGCCUGAGCCUUGGUCCCAGAUGAUGCAUUAUAAACUGGGGGCCACCUUGGAACUCACUCCGCUGAGAAAAAGACGGAAGGAAAAGAGCCUUGGAGAUGAGGAAGAGCCACCUGCCUUUGGCAGCCCAGGCCCAUCAGAAACAGCUCAUAACCGUCCCCUGGAGUCCACCAAGUCACCAGCAGAAGCAAGCAAGUCAGUGCCCUCUCUAGAGGGACCCACGAGCUUCCAGCCCAGGACUCCCAAGCCAGGAGCUGGGUCAGAACCAGGGAAGGAGAGGAGAACAAUGUCCAAAGAAAUUUCCGUCAUCCAGCACACCAGCUCCUUUGAGAAGUCUGACCCACCGGAGCAGCCCAGUGGCCUGGAGGAAGACAAGUCCCCGGCCCAGUUCUCAUCCCCACCAUCUGCCCCGCAUGGACGCUCGGCUCACUCCCUGCAGCCGAGGUUGGUCCGGCAGCCCAACAUUCAGGUUCCAGAGAUCCUCGUGACAGAAGAACCGGACAGGCCUGACACAGAGCCUGAGCCGCCCCCCAAGGAGCCUGAGAAGACAGAAGAAUUCCAGUGGCCCCAGCGCAGCCAAACACUGGCACAACUCCCAGCGGAGAAGCUGCCACCCAAGAAAAAGAGACUCCGCCUGGCUGAGAUGGCUCAGUCCUCAGGGGAGUCCAGCUUUGAGUCCUCUGUGCCUCUGUCUCGAAGCCCAAGCCAGGAGAGCAGCAUUUCUCUGAGUGGCUCCAGCCGCUCAGCUUCAUUCGACAGGGAAGACCAUGGAAAAGCUGAGACCCCUGGACCCUUCUCAGACACACGCUCCAAAACCUUGGGCUCCCACAUGCUGACUGUCCCCAGCCACCACCCACAUGCCCGAGAGAUGAGACGGUCAGCCUCGGAGCAGAGCCCCAAUGUGCCCCAUUCCUCACACAUGACGGAGACCCGAAGCAAAUCCUUUGACUACGGCAGCUUGUCCCCUACAGGACCAUCUGUAGCAGUGCCUGCAGCUCCGCCACCCCCAGCCGCCCCGCCAGAAAGAAGAAAAUGUUUUCUGGUAAGACAGGCCUCCCUGAACAGACCUCCAGAAGCCGAGCUGGAGGCUGUGCCCAAGGGAAAACAAGAGAGCAGUGAGGAGCCUGCAGCCAGCAAGCCUUCCACAAAAAGCUCUGUGCCCCAGAUCUCUGUGGGCACUACACAAGGUGGGCCUUCAGGGGGCAAAAGCCAGAUGCAGGACAGGCCCCCACUGGGAUCCAGCCCACCCUACACAGAAGCUCUGCAAGUGUUCCAACCUCUUGGCACCCAGCUGCCCCCUCCAGUCUCUCUCUUCUCCUUGCAACAGCUCUUGCCUCAGGAGCAAGAACAGCCCUCUGAGUUCUUCCCCACACAAGCAAUGGCCGGCCUCCUCUCCUCCCCAUACUCCAUGCCCCCGCUCCCACCUUCCUUGUUCCAAGCCCCACCACUUCCUCUACAGCCUACUGUGCUACACCCCAGCCAGCUCCAUCUCCCCCAGCUCCUGCCUCACGCUGCAGAUAUCCCCUUCCAGCAGCCCCCUUCCUUUCUCCCCAUGCCAUGCCCUGCCCCUUCAACCCUCUCCGGAUAUUUCCUCCCUCUGCAAUCCCAGUUUGCACUGCAGCUCCCUGGUGAAAUAGAAAGCCACUUGCCCCCAGUCAAAACCAGCCUGCCCCCUCUGGCAACAGAACCUCCUGGCCCCUCCAGCAGCACAGAAUACAGCAGUGACAUCCAGCUGCCUCCUGUGACUCCCCAAGCCACCUCCCCAGCUCCCACAUCAGCCCCAUCACUGGCCCUGCCUGCCUGUCCAGAUGCCAUGGUGUCACUGGUUGUUCCUGUCCGAAUCCAGACCCACAUGCCAUCCUAUGGAAGUGCCAUGUACACCACUUUGUCUCAGAUCUUGGUCACACAGUCUCCGGGUAGCUCAGCAAGCACGGCUCUUACCAAGUACGAGGAGCCCUCCUCCAAAAGUAUGACUGUUUGUGAGGCUGAUGUAUAUGAGGCUGAACCUGGGCCAUCGAGCAUAAGCAAGGAACAAAACAGAGGUUACCAGACACCAUAUCUGAGAGUACCUGAAAGGAAAGGCACUUCACUGUCUUCUGAGGGUAUCCUGAGCCUGGAGGGGUGCUCAUCCACAGCCAGUGGAAGCAAACGCGUCCUUUCCCCAGCUGGCAGUCUUGAACUUACCAUGGAAACCCAGCAGCAGAAAAGGGUAAAGGAGGAAGAAGCUUCCAAGGCAGAUGAAAAACUGGAGCUUGUGAGUACCUGUAGUGUCGUGCUGACAAGUACAGAGGACAGGAAGAAGACAGAGAAACCCCAUGUGGGUAGCCAGGGCCGGAGCAGGAGGGAGGCAGAAACACUGUCCAGCUUGUCUUCAGAUGCAUCCGACCCAAAAGAACUUUCUCCCCUCUCUCAUUCCACAUUGUCCCAUGGGACAGCCCCAGGCUCAGAAACUUUGAAGGAAUAUGCCCAACCAUCUAGCAAAGCUCACCGAAGAGGUCUGCCUCCACUGAGUGUAAAGAAAGAAGAUCCAAAGGAACAGACUGACCUCCCUCCCCUGGCACCCCCAAGUUCUCUGCCUCUGUCAGAUACUUCCCCUAAACCAGCCAAAUUGCAAGAAGGUACAGACUCAAAGAAGGUACUGCAGUUCCCCAGCCUCCACACAACCACUAAUGUCAGUUGGUGCUAUUUAAACUACAUUAAGCCAAAUCACAUCCAGCAUGCAGAUAGGAGGUCCUCUGUUUACGCUGGUUGGUGCAUAAGUUUGUACAACCCCAACCUUCCAGGGGUUUCCACUAAAGCUGCUUUGUCCCUCCUGCGAUCUAAGCAGAAGGUGAGCAAAGAGACAUAUACCAUGGCCACAGCUCCGCAUCCUGAGGCAGGAAGGCUGGUUCCAUCCAACUCCCGAAAGCCCCGCAUGACAGAGGUGCACCUCCCGUCGCUGGUUUCCCCAGAGAGCCAGAAAGACCCAGCUAGAGUGGAAAAGGAAGAAAAGCAAGGGAAGGCAGAGGAAGGUACUCCCACUUCCAAGAGAGGCGAGCCGGCGAGGGUCAAGAUCUUCGAAGGAGGGUACAAAUCAAACGAAGAGUAUAUAUAUGUGCGAGGCCGCGGCCGAGGGAGAUAUGUUUGUGAGGAAUGUGGAAUUCGCUGCAAGAAGCCCAGCAUGCUGAAGAAACACAUCCGCACCCACACUGACGUCCGGCCCUAUGUGUGCAAGCACUGUCACUUUGCUUUUAAGACCAAAGGGAAUCUGACUAAACACAUGAAGUCGAAAGCCCACAGCAAAAAGUGCCAAGAGACGGGGGUGCUGGAGGAGCUGGAAGCCGAAGAAGGAACCAGUGAUGACCUGCUCCAGGACUCAGAGGGGCAAGAGGGUGCCGAGGCUGUGGAGGAGCACCAGUUCUCAGACCUGGAGGACUCUGACUCAGACUCAGACCUGGAUGAAGAUGAGGAGGAGGAAGAGGAGGAGGAAGAAGAGAGCCAGGAUGAGCUGUCCGGGCCAUCCUCGGAGGCAGCUCCGCCCUGCCUGCCCCCCACACUACAGGAGGACUCCUCACCCGUUCAGGGCCCUCGGGCUCCAGAUAGCACUUCUGACAAGGUCCCACAAGGCAGCUCCGUCUCAGAAGCCACGCAUUUGACAGCCAGCAGUUGUUCCACACCUAGCCGGGGUACCCAAGGCCUUCCCAGGCUGGGACUGGCCCCACUGGAGAAGGACAUGAGCUCAGCCCCGAGUCCCAAGGCCACGUCCCCUAGGAGGCCGUGGUCCCCAAGCAAAGAAGCAGGCAGCCGCCCCUCACUCACUCGCAAACAUUCGCUCACCAAAAAUGACUCGUCUCCCCAGCAAUGUUCACCGGCCCGAGAAGCUCAGGCCUCAGUCACGAGCACACCUGGUCCCCAGAUGGGCCCAGGAAGGGACCUGGGCCCUCACCUUUGUGGGUCUCCAAGACCGGAGCUGUCCCGUCUCACUCCCUACCCCAUAGGAAGAGAAGCGCCCGCUGGACUCGAGCGUGCCACAGACACAGGCACCCCCAGAUAUUCACCCACCAGGAGAUGGUCUCUGGGUCAGGCCGAGUCACCGCCACAGACAGUGCUGCCAGGGAAAUGGGCCCUGGCUGAGCCCUGCAGCCCCUCAGCGGACAAGAGUGGCCUGGGCUUGGGGCCGGUUCCACGGGCCCUCCUCCAGCCCGUGCCUCUACCUCACACACUUCUCAGCAGAAGCCCUGAAACGUGCACCUCUGCAUGGCGGAAGACUGAGUCCCGAAGGCCAUCAGCUGGCCCUGCUCCUCUCUUCCCCCGACCGUUCUCUGCCCCUCAUGACUUCCAUGGCCACCUCCCUAGCCGAAGUGAGGAGAACCUCUUCAGCCACCUGCCUCUGCAUUCCCAGCUCCUGAGCCGCAUCCCCUGCCCCCUCAUUCCCAUCGGUGGGAUCCAGAUGGUACAGGCCCGGCCAGGAGCCCAGCCCACCGUGCUUCCUGGACCCUGUGCGGCCUGGGUCAGUGGCUUCUCAGGGGGCGGCAGUGACCUAACCGGGGCCCGAGAGGCCCAGGAGCGCAGCCGCUGGAGUCCCACAGAGAGCCCUUCAGCAUCGGUGUCCCCUGUGGCCAAGGUCUCCAAGUUUACACUCUUGUCAGAGCUGGAAGAGGAAAGGACCGGCAGAGGCCCAGGAAGACCUCCUGACUGGGAACCUCACAGGGCUGAAGCCCCUCCAGAACCCAUGGGCACACACAGCCCCUGCUCCCCACAGCUGCCCCAAGGCCACCAGGUAGCACCAUCCUGGAGGGGCCUCUUGGGGUCACCACACACACUGGCCAACCUAAAGGCCUCAAGCUUCCCACCACUGGACCGCAGCAGCUCCAUGGACUGCCUGGCAGAGACCUCCACUUACUCUCCACCCCGGAGCAGGAACCUCUCUGGAGAACCCAGGACCCGACAAGGCUCCCCUGAGCUCUUAGGUAGAGGGGAGCUCAGGACACCUCUAUUCCUGCCCAAGGAUAGUGGCCCCCCAAGCAUCUAGCCUCUACAGCUACUUCAGCGCCUGGCCUCCAGUGUCGGCAGCAGACAUUACCAGCCAACCGCCUGGAGUCAUCUUGCUCCCUUGGGCAUCCUCUCCCAUCUGUCCAUCUGUCCAUGCAGCUUCUGCUCAGCCCCAUCUGUUCUAUUUUUCCACAUAUGCAGUUACCUGUGCCUUUUUCUAGACCUUUUGUUGCUUGAAAAAAAAAAAAAAGAAACAAAACAAAUCACACACAUCCAUAAACAAAACAAAACAACGCAUCCCUGAGGAGCUGAAGGCUGUGAGUGUGCUCUGGAGACAAGGCUGGAGGAGGGAAUCUCACCUCCACCACCACCAUGUGCCACAUGGGCAGCUGUCCCCACCUCAAGGUCCAGGAGAGGGUCUGUGGCACUGAGAGAGAAGAAGAAAAGGGGAGAAAAACUAUAAUUGAAUUCAAAGGCAAGCAUCCUACAGUCAGAUGCCCAACAUCCCCGCGUGAAAUACGCACAGCUCGUAGCCACCCUUCUCUGCCAUCAGAGGGACACAAAUACAGGCAGGAACCAAUCCACCACUCCCCACCCUACCCGACCAAGGACAUUAUCUUUUAUCCUAUUUUUUUCAAGAGUAGGAACCAAAAAUAAAAACUACUUUCUAGCAUCUCAGCAGCACAGACUAGCAGCAGAGAAGAGAAGAAUCCUGUAGUAUGAACUGUGGCUCUCACUUCUCCCUUCCACACCCCACCCCCCAGGCUAAUAAAGGAGCCCGGGUUGCCCAUCUCCUUU